UUUGAACUCAGCAAACGAACUUCAAUAUUAUGCACAAAAGAAACAAAAAUUAGUCGAAACUUUAAUAAAGUGUUUAUAAUUUUAACUUAAAAUUAUAAAUGAAUAACUCAUUAGAGAUAGUAAUAAUGCUGAUUUUUUACUGACAUGCCGGAGAUUAUCAACCUUUUUAUAAUAUAACAUUAUUUGAUUUGUAAAUUCAAAAUUGUUACUUUGAUAACAGAAUAACGAUGGUGGUUUUUAAGAUUUCUCAGAAAACGAAAUAUAGUUUGAGUGUAACAUGGAUUGGUUUAGCUACAUUAACUACAUUUUGCUUGGGAGUUUACAAUCCAAACAAGAAGCCGCCGCAUCCACAUAUUAUAGUCGUCACUCUAAGAGAUAUGGGAUGGGAUGAUGUCAGUUUCCAUGGAAAUCCAGAAAUUCCGACUCCUAACAUCGACAGAAUCGCCAAUCACGGUGUUAUUUUACAACAAUAUUACACGACGCCUAAUUGCGAAGAUUCGGUUUCGUCUUAUCGCACAGGAAAGCAUCCAAUACACUAUAAAAAAUCUAUGGAGAGUGGAGAAAACGCUCGCGUAACAUACGAUAUAUGGAACUAUCUUGAUAUUCAAAGUUAUGUUAUUAGAGAAGUAGGACUAAUUGACUGCAAAGAUACCGAUAUACCUUUUUAUCCAUGGGAUGUUAUACAAAAAGCUGAAAAUGUUUUAAAGCAACAGGAUCAAAUAUACUCUUUAUUUUUGCAAGUUAAUUUUCCGCAGUUACAUGCAGACUACCCUGAGCAAAUACCAGAUGAAUAUUUGACCCGAGCUAAAAAUAUUCCAUUUGAAGCAAGAAAAAUAUACGCAGGCAUGAUAAUGCAACUUGACAGAGCUGUUGGUCAUUUAGUAAGAAUAUUAUAUGACACUGGCAUUCUCCACGAUGCUAUACUUAUUUUUACCACAUUAACUGGGGGGACAAAGGGAAAUAACUUUUAUACUUGGCCAUCAACAUAUCCAUUUAGAGGUGGAAAUGGUACUCUUUGGGAAGGUGGCUCCAGAGCUUUAGGAUUUGUUUACAGUAAUCGAAUAGCUAGAAGAGGUCGAGUUUCUUAUGGUCUUGUACAUAUAAAUGACUGGUUGCCAACAAUAUUUCGUCUAGCUGGAGGUAACCCUGAUCAUGUUGUUGAAAGUGAUGGUAUGGAUGUUUGGGAUUCAAUAAACAACGAUGACUAUUCCCCAAGAAUGGAAAUACUAUACGGCAUCAACGGAAACAAAGCUGCAGUACGUGUAGGAGAUUUUAAGCUUAUAACUGGAGAAAGUUAUGUUCCACUCUCUCCCAGACCUUUAGCAAAAGGAGAACUAGACAAUUUAAUUAAACCAAUUACAGUUUGGGAUAGUGAGUUAGAAUGUGCCGACUAUCCCGACGCAAUUGGAUGUUGGCCAGAUAUAGAACCUUGUUUAUUCAAUGUUCGUUUUGACCCUUGCGAACGAAACAAUGUUGCAUAUUAUAUGCCACAAACUGUUGAAGCAUUAACAUAUACACUAAACAAAUAUAAUACUUCUGCUGUAUACAGAGAUAAAAGAUCCUUGGAAGAAUGGGACAACACAUAUAAAGAUUUAUCGUUAAAAUUAACACUAAUUAAACUUGAAAAAAGUCGAAAAACAUUAGACCGUAGCAAAAUAGGAGUUUAACCCAAUGGUAAAAGUAGGCGUUCCAUGCCAUCUAUGGACGCUCUACGCAACUUAUUGGAGGUAAAUAUAUUAAGUGAUCUGGAUUGAAACUAAACUGAAAAGCAUCAAAGUUUUUUUUUCUUUAAAAAACGAGAUAUACCAUAACAGAAUCAAUCAGUUACUCUUGAAGGAAUAUUGCUUAUUUUGCAUAAAAAUUGAAUAACUAUAUAUGAAUAAAUAUAAAUAAAUGAAUAUAAAUAUAUAUAAAUGAAAUUUACCAACUAUAAAAAAAAAUUGCUUUAAAAAAAUAUACAUAUUAGUUUUUAUAGAAAUCUUGGUGUCACAUUUAAAAAAAAAUAUGUCAAAUUAUAUUGAUGUAGUAAACAUGACCUGCGAUGAAGCCAGAUAUUUUUUGUCUGAAGAGUGUAAAAGAAAUCAAAAAGACAUAAAGGAAAUUCCAAACUUUUUUAUGUUAAUGUUUAUGCCAAAUGUUUUGCAAAAACUUGCAACGAUCAGAGUCUGGUAACCCAAGUAUCCAAAAUCUUACCGAAGAGGUUUACAAAACACAGUUUUGUAAGCGCAAAAUAUUAAUUUGCGCGCUUGUUUUAGUUUAUUGUAGAGUUUUUUUUAGUUUUGUAUGAUAAGAUAUGACAUAUCGAUUUGA